AUGACUGAACGGUGCGCGAGCCUGGAAGAUCUCAACGACUUCAACCUCUACAUUGAACAGCUCAAGUCAACAACGAGCUUCAACAUCACCGAACUUGAUCGAUGCAAAAAAGAGAUAUGCGGCGCCAUCUGGGGCGAUGCCAACCCCGAUAUCUCAGGAAUAGGGGUUUCUAUCGGUUAUGCCGUCGAACUAGCCCUGGGCUUCGUCCUAGCCUCCCUCAUAUUGAUAAUCCGCCAAAGGCACGGUCCAAGAGCAGAGUUCUUCCAACUUGUUCUCAAAGCCGGCUUCGACGCCUUCUUCGAGUUCGCAAUUUACUUUGCCGUCGCGAUCGAACUCGCAGCGAUAGUCAUGCUCGUCAACAAGGACUUUGGCAUGUCCACAGCUGGCUUCGGCGCUAAUGAAGCCCAGAUCGCCCUCGCCGUCUCCGUCGUCUGCAUUCUUCCGCUUCUGUACCCCAUUGCUCUUUUACCCCUGGACCUGUUCCAUCCAGAGAGCGAAAGACAGACGCAGCAGAAUAGCAGAAAAUUGCAACAGCGCCAGAGACGACGACGGGACUUCAGCCUGAUGCUCUUCGCCCUUGUCUGCGUCUUAUUCUUCUACCCCCUCCUGUCGCAGUGCAUACACAAUUGGGCACCGCUCCGCGUUGGCGAGGGCAAUGGCGGCGAUGGGAAACCAUACGUCACAAAGGAGAAGUGGGAGAGGAUCCAGGACAUGUGCUUCGGCGAGGUCAACAGGUACACCGUCAGUGAGCACUGGGCCCUCGCCGUAUGCGAGAUCAUCGCCUCGUUACUCAUCUUCUUAUUCAUGUUGUGGCACGCCAUGGAGCUUGGCCUCCGCAGGCUACAGACGCAGGAUCGGUAUAUUGGGAAGGAUCGCGAGCGGACCGCCGCUCUUUCGCGGACUCGACGGUUCGUCAAGCGGGCGUGGGCGAGUCAGAGUCUGGUCCAGGCUCUGCUGCUGUUCGUCCCGCUUUUCUUCGGUUGCGUACUUCUUUGGUGCAUCUUCCGUCUGAGGAGCAUUCAGGCGGCGGCGGCGAGCAACAUGGGGAGCGAAUAUGCUGGGAACGACUGGGGGUUUGGGCAAAUUGUUGGUAUCAUCAUCUUUGCUCCUGUCCCUACGGAGAUGCUAUUUGCGGCGUGGGAGGCACGGUCUCUUGUUUUGAGGAGUGAUUACGACAGCGUGAGUAGUCGUAGCUAG